AUGACCCAUUCCUGGCCUGCUCCUCUCACUGCCAUGCAUACUUCCGGAAACUCCGAGAAGAACUCACUUUGCAUCCCAGGACAGGAAUCCCAACACCUGACUCCAGGAUUCACCUUACAAAAGUGGAGUGACCCAACCAGCAGAGCUUCUACGAAGAUGCUUGAGGACGACCUGAAGCUGAGCAGUGAUGAAGAUGACCUUGAGCCUGUAAAGACCUUGGCCACUCACUGUACCUCCACUGAGCUCUACCAGGCUGUUGAAAAGGCAAAACCUAAGAAUAAUCCUGUAAACCCACUCUUGGCCACACCUCAGCCGCCACCCGCAGUGCCAGCCAGUGGGGGAUCCGGCAGCUCCAGUGACUCCGAGAGCAGCUCUGAGUCAGACUCAGACACCGAGAGCAGCACCACUGACAGUGAAUCCAAUGAGGCCCCUCGUGCAGCCACUCCCGAGCCUGAGCCGCCCUCCACCAACAAGUGGCAGUUGGAUAAAUGGCUUAACAAAGUGACAUCCCAGAACAAGUCGUUUAUUUGUGGCCAAAAUGAAACACCCAUGGAGACAGUGUCUGUGCCUCCUCCUAUCAUCCAGCCAAUGGAAGUCCAGGUCAAAGUGAAAACAACCCCCAGCCAGAUCCUGGGUGAACCCAAAGAGAGGCCUCUCCUCAGUCUUAUUAGGGAGAAAGUCCGCCCACGGCCGACCCAGAAAACUCCAGAAACCAAGGCUUUGAAGCAUAAGUUGUCGACAACUAUUGAGACAGCCUCGCAAAGGACAAUUGGAAAAAAACAGCCCAAAAAAGUCGAGAAGAACACCAGCAUUGACGAGUUUACCUGGCCCAAACCAAAUAUUACCAGCAGCACCCCCAAAGAGAAGGAAAGCAUGGAGCUUCCUGACCCACCAAGAGGCCGCAACAAAGUCACUGCCCACAAACCAGUCCCUAGGAAGGAACUGAGGCCAAACGUUUCCCUGGCUGCCGAGAAAAAGAAGUACAGAGGGCCUGGCAAGAUUGUGCCCAAGUCCCGGGAAUUCAUAGAAACGGAUUCGUCCACGUCCGAUUCCAGCACCGAUCAGGAAGAGACCUUGCAGAUCAAGGUCCUGCCUCCUUGCAUUGCUCCGGGAGGCAAUACUGCCAAAUCCAAGGAAGCCUGUGGCGCCAGCUUGACCCUCAGCUCCUUGGUCAGCAACAGUAGCAACAACAGCCUAACCACCGGUAGUGAAGAGCCUGCAUUUUCACCCACCCCUGCCAUGCAAACCGAGCUGUCCCCACUACGAGAUCACGAGAACCUGAAAAAUCUGUGGGUGAAGAUUGACCUUGACCUGCUGUCUAGAGUACCUGGCCACCACUCACUGCAAGCGACACCAGCCAAGCCAGACCCCAAGGAGCCUGCGUCCAAGCCCAAGCGCCAGAGCACCGCUGCAGCCAGUGAAAAACCCAUCCUGAAGGGCAAGCGUAAACACAAGCCAACAGAGAUCGCAGAGAAAAUCCCUGAGAAGAAGCAACGCCUGGACGAGGCCCCCGCUAUCUGCCUGCUGCCUCCUUGCAUCUCACCAGCGCCACCCCACAAACCUCCGCACACUAAAGAAAACAGUUCAUCCAGGAGAGCAAAUAGAAGGAAAGAAGAAAAGCUGUUUCCUCCUCCACUUUCCCCACUGCCAGAGGACCCUCCACGCCGCAGAAACAUCAGUGGCAGCAAUGGCCCCUUUGGUCAAGACAAGAACAUCCCUAUGAUCGGACAGAUCACCUCUACCAAACCGAAGAGAAGUGAAGGCAAAUUCUGUGCUACUUUCAAAGGGAUAUCCGUAAAUGUAAGCAUCUCAGAAGAAGUAUUAUAAU